UCUACAGGAAACAAAAGACACACGAGUGUGUGAAAGGGACGUUUCGUCUGUUGCACUGACCUGAGGUCUGCUAGUGAAAGUUUUAGUUUCUGUUCCGUUGUUGAGCGUCAGUUAUUAAUAUCCACGUUGUGAUCGAUCACGUUGAUCAGCAACAGCUGCACCGAUGAGUUCACUACGUCACUUAAUCUGAACAUGUGCUUUUGUUUUUAAUCAUGGCCAUCAUCACCAUGAUCAUCAUCAUCUCUGUGACAUUUUAUUUUUGAGAAGUUCAACAGCUCCUAGAUCAAGGUAGUGGAGUCAAAAGUAAAUAAUCAAAGGCUUGAUGUCAGUAUGAACCCUGUGGAAAAUAGCAUCACAGAUGAUAAUAUUUCAGAGGAACAGCAGAGCCAGACUGACGGGGGGGAGUUGAACGUGAGGCCAUCCCUGUCGCAGGUGACCAAGUCCUGGGGCUUCAGGCGCACCACCAUCGCCAGGAGGGAGUUCAUGGAGGAAGUCGGGGAACUGUCACACAGCCCUCCGCCCGUGCGGAGAGGCAGAAGCCGUCGAAACAUCCAGACGCCCCAGACCUCCGCGGAGGGCCGCGCCACUCGUAAAGCGACAUGCUCAGCGAGGAGCGUUAUCGACGACCUGGAGUGGUCGUCUCCUUCCUCACCUGCAUCUGAGGAGAGUAAGCCGGCCUCAGAGGCCUCUGCGGGCGGCAGCCUCGACCCCAGCUUGUGGCAGGACUUUGGCUCUGCUUUCCACACGGCCUUCUCGCUGCUCGGCGGCAACGAGGGCUUGUCACUUGACAUGCCAGACGCACUGGCAGCCCACGACACUCUGGAAGACGCCGACGCCACCAAGGCCCCUUCCCCUCAGGGUUUAGAUGAAACUGAGGUGCCCGACGAUGUGGAAUCUGCUGACGAGAUGGAAGUUUCACAGCCGCUUUCUCCCCCUGACGGUGCGGCGGCAGGAAUAAACGAUGUGGUGUUGAUCUCUAGUCAAGAAGACGACAGCGAUGAAAUGACUCUGAUACAGAUAAAGGAGCGGCUGGAAUCCAGAGGUCGGCAGGGAGACUCGAAGGGUAGAGGGGGGAAAGGUGGACGAGGAAAGGCCAGAGGAAGAGGCAGAGGCAGAGGAAGAGGCAAGGGAAGAGGCAAAGGACGAGGCAGAGGUCGAGGAAGGGCAGUGGAGCUUCAGCCAAACAUUCCAGACGAGGUGGACAACGACGAUGAGGUGAUGUUCGUCGGCACGGUCGAGCAGCAGCAGCAGCAGGAGGAAAACGAUCCACACAACCCGACCGAGAUCCAGACCUCACCUGCUCGCUCUGAUGUGACUCUGAGUCCGGCGCAGCGAUCGAACUCAGACUGCAUAAUCAUAGACACUGACAUGGACCAGGUCACCGAGGUCGCUCCUGGCCAGUACGACGAUGCACCCGAGGAGGAAGAGGGGGAGCAGGAGGAGAAAGACAGAAUAAACCAAGGAGGGUACUCGAGUAUAUCAGACAGCGAGGGCUACGACUCCAACGCUCUGUACUGCAUCUGCCGACAGAAACACAACAAAAGGUUCAUGAUCUGCUGCGACAGUUGCCAGGACUGGUUCCACGGCGACUGCGUCGGUAUCGGCGAGACUCUGGGCCGCAACAUGGAGAAGAGAGGGCAGGAGUACGUCUGCCCCCCCUGCACCACCAAGAGGCAGCUUCGACCUGAGCCUGCGCUCGGCUUCCCUGAGUGUGUGACUGGGAGUCUUUCUGCUGGAGACGUGGAGGAGCAGCAUCAGCAUCAAGUCCUCAAGGAGGAUGUGGUGGAGGAUGAAGAGCAGCAGGUUGAGGAGGAGGAGGAGGCUCCUGUGAUGAGGCCAGAACCUGAACCUGAACCUGAACCGGAGACGCAGACGGACAGCUCUCUCCCUCAAUGCAUCGGACCCAGUUGCUCCAAACAAGCCCUGCCAGACUCCGUGUACUGCGGCACUGACUGCAUCCUGCAGCACGCCGCCUUCACCAUGAAGACGCUCUCCGGCCCCAAAGUUCCCAAGUCCAGAGGGCGGCAACCGAAAAAAGUGGCCGCUGCCCGACCUGCUGCCAAGGGUCAAAGGUCGGUCAGGAUGUCCAAGAGGUUAGCGGAGAAAGCUGAGGAGGAAGUUGAAGAGCAGAAGAUGGAGGAGGAUGGAGGGGAGGAGGAGGCUGUGUCUCCCGUGGCGUGCGACCCCGCUCUCACGGACGCUCAGACCACUCCCACACCGUCACCUAAGUUUUACACAGCGUCUGAACAGUCAGAGGCUAUAACGCCUUCGACACAACCUCCAGACGCCUCCGCCGCCGCCGCACAUGUGGUUCCCUCGUCGCUGCCUGUCGCUGAGCCGACACCUCCACAGAGAGUGUCCAAAGAAAAAGCUACAGAGCCAGUAAACAGUGUGUCUCAGUUUCAACCGGCCGAAACGGAUCCCUCAGUCCCUCCCACCCCAGAACACUCUGGUCCGUCUCCAGCUGCGCAGUCUGCUGCCUCCUCGGCACCCAGACACCACGAGACCGGGGCCCUCAUGGUCACCAAGACCUCGUACGUGAUACCAAAGAAGCAUCCUGCGCCUCAGCCUCUGUCCGCGUCCGCGUCGACGUCUAGUCAGAAGUCGUCUCCGGGCCCCAUGCUGCUGAACGAAACCCGGAACCUGCCGGUGCCUCCUGCGCCCAGCGCUCCCUCGUCCAGACCCUCUCAGCCCAACAACCAGGUCCGACAGAGCAUCCAGCGCUCGCUCACCGGCAUCCUGUUCAAAAGGGUGUGCGACUGUGACGACCUGGAAAUGUCUGAGAUCGACGCCGCAAAGCUCGUCUCGAACAUCGAGAUGGAGAUGUUCGACGUGUUCCGCAACACAGACAGUAAAUACAUGAACAAGUACAGAACGAUAAUGUUCAACCUCAAAGACCCAAAAAACAAGGGCUUGUUGUAUCGGGUCGUACGAGGAGAAAUCAGCCCGUUCCGACUGGUGAGGAUGAGUCAGAAGGACAUGCAGGCCACCAAGGCUCCAGAACCAAGUGCAAAAGAAACGCCUGAGGUUAAAGACGUGGCUGCUAAAACAACCGGUUUACUGCAGAAGCCUGAAGAAGUGAAGGUCGACUUGCCCAGUUUGAAUCCUCCUCGACCCGACAGAAGAACGGGCAAAAGACCCGAAAGCACGGCUGCUUCCCAGGAGCAGAGGAGAAAUGUUCCUGCUCCUGCUCCCAGGAGCAGAACCAUCCAGCCCGGCCUUGGCAGCCAGAUACCAGAUAUCCUCACCUGUAUGCUCAAGGACACCACAUCAGAGCACAAAGCUCACCUCUUUGACCUGAAAUGCAAGAUAUGCACAGGCCAGAUACUCGCUGGGGAAGAGGAGGAACCUGCGAAGAAAAAAGCCAAGGUUGCCGAAACACGAGAGAAGCAUGAACCCUCCUGGAGGAGGUACGCAGGAGGAGAUGACUCCCCUCUGCAGGCGCCACCUGACUCACCUGACAUGGACUCUCCGACAUCCCGCCUCGUCAUUGACUCUCCAGCACUGACCAUAGUAGAAUCCCCUGCUUCCCCGACAAUGGAUUCUCCAGCCUCUCCCACUUUAGAGUCUCCUGCUUCCCCCGUGUCCGAGUCCCCUGCAUCCCCAACUGCAGACUUCCCUGCAUCCACUUCAACGAAGCGAGCAUACGCACCAGUCGUGAUUCCAGUUGUCUCCACCGUAACCAUCACAAGACGUGAUCCCCGCACCGCAGCUAGCAGGUUCUCCACCUCGUCCAGUGGCCCCUCUGGUCCUAGAAACACGACCCAUAACCAACCAGCCUCUUAUGCAUCUUUUAAAGAGAACAGCUCUGCCCCGCCUGCUGCACCGGUACCCUCACUACCACCGGCUAGAACUUUGCCUAAAUCCAUUUUAAUGAAGCCGUCCUCCUCGUCAGAUCCUAGACUCUAUGGCGCAUCCUCAAGGACUGUGAUCUCUGAGUCACCGGCUGAGGGUGAGACUGCUAAGUUCCUUGCAAAGCAAGAGAUCGUGUGGAAAGGUUUCCUGAACAUGCUCAAUGUGGCCAAGUUUGUCACGAAGGGAUAUCUGGUUUCAGGAUCUGCUGAAAGCCUUAAAAUGGAUCUACCUGAUACCAUACAGAUCGGGGGACGAAUCUUGCCUGAAACAGUUUGGGACUAUGUUGCAAAACUAAAGACCUCUGUUACAAAGGAGCUAUGUGUGAUCCGGUUUCACCCUGCAACCGAGGAGGAGGAGGUGGCCUACGUCUCCCUGUUUUCCUAUUUCAGCAGCAGAGGACGUUUUGGGGUCGUUGCCAAUAGCAGCCGUUCCCUCAAAGAUGUCUACCUCGUCCCGCUCAGUGCGAAGGAAUCCAUCCCAUCCAUACUACAGCCUCUUGAAGGUCCGGGGCUUGAAAAAAAACGACCCAAUCUUCUUCUGGGUCUGGCCAUCAUCCAGAAGACAAAACGUCCAGGAAUGUUGCCCCAGGAAAUUGAAGAGAAGAGACCCAAAGUUCAUAUCUCCAAAGACCCUAUGUGGAUCCCAAAACCUCCAGUCCUCUAUGGUUCUGACAAAUUGGAGAUGUUCCAACCCUAUGAUCCAGAGACUCCUAGUAAUGCCAUUCCUCCUGCUUCUCCAUCUUGCCCUGGGUCACCAUCAGAUUCUUCGUCUUCUGGCUCAGUUACUAUACCUUCUUUUUUUACUUCCAUGAGAGUGACUCCUGUUUCUACCCCAGCUGUUGUUGCUGCCUCUACCUCCAACAACAUCUCUGACAAGAAUCCUACAACAGCAUCCAGUGAUAAGACACCACUCCAGACUAUCUUAAAGACUUUGUUUAACAAUAAGCAGACUGACUCCACAGCCUCUGCUGAUGGAAGUUCUACAACUACAACAACAACAACAACUACAACACCACCAGUACGUGCUAAGAACAUCCCAGGGUUUUCUCAGGUGUCUGGGUCAAUGGUGGAUCCAAUAGUCCAACGAUAUGGGCAGAAAUCCAAAGUGAAAGCGAUCGAAGAAGAGGAAAAUGACUUUGACCGACCAUAUGACCCAGAGGACGAGUAUGAUCCGGCCAUGGGAUAUGGAAUGGUUGCGCCACAGAAGAUAGAAAAAAUGAAGAUAGAUGGUCCUGCAUCAUCAGGCUUUGAAGAGGAUGAUAUUGCCUAUGAUCCAGAAGAUGAGACCAUCUUCGAAGAUGUUCAAUGUGAUCCUCGUGUAGUAAAGGCCCCUGGUCCGACAUCAGAUUCUACAUCAUGCCCAACUCCACUUCCAACUCAGGUUGUAACACCAGGUGCCACUGCCACUCCAGUGCAAACUUCUACCCCAACUGCAGUAACUCCGACCCUUCUUACAGGCACUGUGGUUGUCUCGGCUGCAACACUGACGGAACAACAGCGAAUGCUUGAGGAGCUCAAUAAGCAGAUUGAAGAGCAAAAACGGCAGUUGAAGGAGCAGGAAGAGGCUCUACGACAGCAGAGAGAGGCUGUGGGUAUGUUCAUGGCCCACUUUUCUGUCUCUGACUCCCUAAUGUCUCCACCAUCAAAAUCUUUGCCCAUCAGUCAACUAGCAUCUCUGCAGAGUGGCACAAUGCAAACAGAAUCCAGGCCUUCAGAAUCAACAGACAAGACCAACAACCCGACAGAGACUGUGGACAAAUCAAAUGUGGAUUCACAGUCUGUGAAGUUAGAAGCAGACGCCGUCCUCCCUUCUUUGAAAAAUGACACAGACACUGUUACAGAGCAAGAUGAAACACAAGAGCAUGUUGAGGAUGCUGACAAGUAUUCUUCUGCUGGAGAGCUGGAAGAUUCUGAUGUAGCUUAUGACCCUGAGGAUGAAUCACUUUUUAAUUUAAUUCAAGACGAUGUAUUUCAAGGAACCGGUGCAAAGACACAUGAUUCAUCAGGGCAUAGUUCUAGCCGCAAGGGUGCUCCAGCGAAUUCACACCACAGCAGAAAGCGAAGGUCAUCACCAAAGAGGCGGAGUCAUCAUGAAAGGGACUGCCAUAGAAGUCCAUCAAGAAGGUCACAGCAUCGUUCUCCUUCACAUUCCCGUAGACGUAGAGAAAGGGAUAGACACAGAAGAAGUGAAAGUGACAGGUCAAGGCAUAGAGCUAGAAAUCAGUCUGAACGCCAGGGUCGCCAUCGUAAAGAGCAUGCUACACGCAGACAUUCUCAUGGUCAUAAAAGAUCCCCAUCAUCUCCUAGAAAAAAAGAUUCUGUGUCCCUUUCACCAAAACAGCACAGAGAGCCUUCCCCUGAAGUCCUUGAAAUAUCAAAACAUGCAAGUGCCCUGUAUAAUGCGCCAGAGUCUGUUGAUGUACAAUGUGUAGAGAGUAACACAUCAUCAUUGACCCCAGUUACUAUUAAGAAUGACCCUGAUGGACAUCAGCUAAAAUGCAAUCUAUCUGAGACCCCUUAUGAAGACAUUUCUCUCCAUCCGCAUAAACUUGUUCACAAUGUGAAGCUUGAGAUACCAGAAUCACCAAAGUCCCAUGACCUUCAAAAUAAUUCAGUCAAUGCUUCUUCUACACAAGUGGAUAACCCCUCUCAACAGGAAACUUUGCUUGACAAUAAACUUGACAGUACAGUUCCUCUGAGAGAAAUUGACCCGCCCACUCGAGAUUCUCCUCAGAGCCCUGAUCCAGAACCACAGUUCUUGAAAUCUAGCAGCAUAGAAAAUAAUGAGUCUUUGAAGACUGAUGAAAGCAGAGAUCCUGAGACACAUACCAGUGUCUCAAUGCCAUUCGUUAAAGUUGAAAAGAAUUGUCUGCCUAUUGACAAACAAUUGGAACGGGAAAGUCCAGAUUUAAAAUAUCCAGAAAUGUUGGGUCUAAUGGGAGCAAAUUUAAAGCUAGCCAGAGACUCUGAUAUUCCGGGCUUAGGACCUGAUAUAGACCCAGUGUCAAAACAUGUAAGGAAUCCAGGAUUGGAUAUGAAAGAACGUAGAGGUAGUGGACAACAGGUAGAGUUCAGAGAAACAGGAAUUACAUUCCCAGGGCCUGAUAGGAGAGGCUCAUGCUUGCAAGACAUGAGCCCCAACAUUUGGGGUCCUGGAUCUCACAUUCGAAUCCCAGGGGUGAGAAGUCCAAUGCAAGAUGAGGGAAGUUCUAUGUUGCAAGGUGUGAACCCACAAGUAGAGGGUCCAGGCCUGGACAUGAGACCAGGAAUCAGAGGAUCAAAGCUUAUCCCAACUGGUACAAAUUUACAUGUGGGAGAAUCGGUCUUACACAGUGAGAGGAGAGAUGCAAUCAUGAAGGGCCCAUCAUCAGGCAGAUGUGGGCCUGACACAAGUGACUCAGAUUCAAGGGCCCAUUUACCACCUCUCCAGCAUCCUAGGGGUCCACAGAUAGAAGUUAGGGCUCCGGAUGUUAUAGGAAGAGGUGGAGUGCAUAAAGAAAGAGGCGAGAGUCCACAUACUGGAGAUAUAAGAGAUCGGAGUCCAGAUAUAAGGGGUCCAGGUCCAUUUGUCAGGGGCGAAAGAAGAUUUCAAAGGCACGAAAUAUAUGAUGGCAGUUUAGUUUGUGGACCUGGAGAACAUUUCAAGGAGCCUCAGACAGUUAUUAGGGCUGAAGGCAGUGUGCAUGGCCCAAUCAUGAGAGAAUCAGAAACUAUGCAUGAACCAAGAAGGCACAAUAUGCCUGGGGGACAUUUUAUGGGGCCUGGUCAAGAUAUGGAAAGUAUGGUUGGCUCAGAUACAAGGGAUGAUAAAAAUGAGUCACAUGCAAAGAGUUCAAACAGAGACAUUAGAGACAUAAGUUCAAAUAGGAGACAUGCAGACAUGCAAGGAAGAAAUAUACAAGUUCCAGGGCUAGAGAGGAGAAAUGAUCAAAUGGGUCAAAAAGAUAGAGGUCCUAUGCCAAUAAUUACAAAUCCAGAUUGGAGAGGUCAAGGACAAGGUGGUGUUGGUCCUGAUAUGAGGGGUCAACAAAGUCAAAAUAAAAACCUGGGUCCACAUGCAAGGGUUCCAGAUUUGAGUGGCCCAGAAUCAGACAGAGAUGAUUGUACGUGGCCAAAUAGAAGAGGGUUAGGUGCAGUUACAGAAAGGCCAUCAAUGCAAGAUGAAUGGAUGACCAUUCAGCCUGAUAGGAUAGGACCAAACAUAGAGACCCAGAGGCCUGACAGAGGACAAGGGGGUUUAGAUAUCUUGGCACCAGGGGCUGAAAGAAGGGGACCUGAUAUGGAGGUUCCAGUGCAUGUUAGAAGAGGACCAGGAGGUCCAGAUUUCAGGAGACCAGAGCCUGAAAGGAGAGAUACAUCUCUGGACAAUCUGGGACCAGACAUGAGACGACCAGAGGUUGACAGGAGGGGUCUGGCUUUGGAGCAUCCUGGAACUGACAGGAGGGGACCUGGUGGCCCAUAUUUCAAAGGGCUAGGCCCUGAGAGGAAAGGCCCAGCUCAAGCGCCUGACAUGAGAGGACAUGCGGGGGCAGAUUUCAAUGGACCAUGGCCAAAAAGCAGAGGUCCUGAGAUUUUGAGUCCAGGGACUGACAGGAGAGGACCUUCAGGUCCAGAUUUCAGACCAGUACCUGAAGGUCCAGAUUUCAGACCAGUACCUGAAGGUCCAGAUUUCAGAGGACCAGGACCUGAAAGGAGAGGUCCUGUUAUGGAGGGUCCUGGAACUGACAGGAGAGGACCUGGAGGUCCAGAUUUCCGACCAGGACCUGAAGGCCCAGAUUUCAGAGGACCAGGACCUGAAAGGAGAGGUCCUGUUAUGGAGGUUCCCGGGACUGACAGGAGAGGACCUGUAGGUCCAGAUUUCAGACCAGGACCUGAAGGUCCAGAUUUCACAGGAUCAGGACCUGAAAGGAGAGGUCCUGUUAUGGAGGGUCCUGGGUCUGACAGGAGAAGACCUGGAGGUCCAGAUUUCAGACCAGGACCUGAAGGUCCAGAUUUCAGAGGACCAGGACCUGAAAGGAGAGGUCCUGUUAUGGAGGGUCCUGGGACUGACAGGAGAGGACCUGGAGGUCCAGAUUUCAGACCAGGACCUGGAGGUCCAGAUUUCAGACCAGGACCUGGAGGUCCAGAUUUCAGAGGACCAGGGCCUGAAAGGAGAGGUCCUGUUAUGGAGGGUCCUGGGACUGACAGGAGAGGACCUGGAGGUCCAGAUUUCAGACCAGGACCGUCAGGUCCAGAUUUUAGAGGACCAGGACCUGAAAGGAGAGGUCCGGCUAUGAGGGGGCCUGGGACUGACAGGAGAGGACCUGGAGGCCCAGAUUUCAGAACACCAGGACCUGAAACAAGUGGUCCUGCAAUGGAGGGUCCUGGGAAUGACUGGAGAGGACACGAAGGUCCAGGUUUUAGAGGACUGGGGCCUGAAAGAAGAGGACCUGAAGGUCCAGAUUUUAGAGGACCAGGGUCUGAGAGGAGAGGUCCGGCUAUGGAGGGUCCUGGGACUGACAGGAGAGGACCUGAAGAUCCAGAUUUCAGAGGACCUAGACCUGAAAGGAGUGGUCCUUCUAUGGAGGGUCCUGGGACUCACAGGAGAGGACCCGCAGGUCCAGAUAUUAGGGGACCAGGGCCUGAAUUCAGAAGCUUAUCUAUUGAGGGUCCUGGACCUGGCAGAGGAGGACCUGGAGGUGUAGAUUUCAGAGGGCUAGGACCUGAGAGGAGAAGUUUAUCUAUAGAGAGUUCUGGGUCUGAGAGUAGAGGACCUGAAGGUUCAGAUUUCAGUGGAUCAGGACCUGAAAGGAGAGGUCCUGUUAUAGAGGGACCUGGGAUUGGCUGGAGAGGACCUGUGGGUCCAGAUUUCAGAGGACCCGGACCUGAAUGGAGAAGUCCUGCCAGGGAAGGUCCUGGGAUUAACAUGAGUGGACCUGCUGGUCCAAAUUUCAGGAGACCAGCACCAGAAAACAGAAGCUUAUCUUUGGAGGGGCCUGGCAGAGGAGGACCUGGAGCCCCAGACUUCAGAGGACCAGGGCCUGAUAGGAAAGGACAUGGAUGUCCAGAUUUCAGAGCACCAGGACCUGAAAGAAGAGGUUUUGUCACGGAGGGUCCUGACAAAAGAGGAUCAGGACAUCCAGAUUUCCAGGGACCGGGCCCUGGAAGGAGAGUACCAGGAGGUACAGACUUAAGUGGUCCUGGGUGUGAAGGCAGGAGAAGAUCAGGAAAUCUAAAUAGUGCUGGACUGGGUCCUGAGAAGGCCGGACCACAUAUGGGGGGUUCUAGGCCUAACUUUGUUGUUAUGGGACCUGAAAGAACUGGUCCAGGUAUGGAAGGUCCAGUGCCUCACAGUCACGGAAAGGGAGGACCACACUUAAGGGGUCCAGGUGACAGACGACACCCAGAAGGUGCAAAUUUCAGUGGCCCUGGACCAGAACUAAGGCCUCCAGAUAUGGAGGAAACAGAGAACACCAGGAACUUUCCAGGAGGCCCACAGUUCAGGAAUCCUGAGCUAGAAAGACGACCUCCAGACAUGGAGGGCCCAGAGUUUGAUAGGAGAGGUCCACACCUUAGAAGAGGGGGGCCUGAAAGAACUGUUAUGGAGGGUCAUGGAAGAGGUCCAGAUUUUAGAGCACCAGGUUGUGAAUUUAUAGGUCCGGACACUGAGAAUUCAGGGCCUGGUAGGAGAGAAUCAGGAGGCCCCGACUUCAGUGAACCUGGGCCUGAAAGAAGAUGUAGAGAUAUGGAGGGCCCAGGACCUGAUUGGAGAAGAUCAGUUGGUCCAGACUUAAGAGGUCCAGGCAUAAGGCAGAGAAGUCCGAGUACUGAAGGUCCAAGACAUGAUAGAAGAAAUGAUUGGGGAAGGGAUGACUUUGGGGGGUCAGAUGCUAAUCAAGAGAGCCCUAUAGAGGGCCAAGGACCUGACAGAACAGGUCGAGACUUGAGGGGUCGAAGGCCUAUAAGGAGAAACUUUAGAGGACCAGGGCCAAAUAUGAGCAGUACAAAUCGAGGAGACAGGUGGAGAGGCACGGACACAGACGAACAAUGGUCAGAUGUAACAGGGCCCAAUAUUGAGGCUGUUGAAAAUGAAAGAGAAUAUUCAGUAAAUCACUGGGAGAGUCAUGGGAACAGGGACCCAAGGCCUAUUCAGGAAGGUCCAGAUGAGCAGGGCCAAGAAAGUAGACAAGGUCCUCAAAGUAAAUGGAGAGGUGCUGGAGAUAGGGGGGAAACACCUAUACAGGAAAGACGAAAUAUUCAAUAUCCAGGGCCUGUCAGGUCCCCACGAGAUGAUUGGAAUGGUCCUGGUUGCAGGGGUCCUGCCCGGGAUAAUCCAGAUAUGAUGUGCUCAGGUCAAGGGCCAAGGGGUGAACCUGGAAAUGAAUGGAGAGAGCCUGAUAGAGGAGGUGCAGGGUCAAACAGAAGGGGACGAGGAGCAUUUUUCAGAGGAGGAAGAGAUCCAGAUAACAGAACACACCGCCUUGAUAGAAGAGGUCCAGGCUUUAGGGGACGGGGAUCAGAUAUGAAAGAGGGUCCAGAUGUAGAAAAUGACUGGAGGCAGCCAGGCUUCAGGGGGAAUAUGAGCAGGCCAAACAUGGAAGGACCUGGUGCACACAGGGGACGCCCACACUUAAUGAAUUCAUGCCCAGACAGUAGAGGAUUUGAGAUUGAGGGUCAUAAUAGAGCAGAAUCGGGAGAUUCAGAUCCAAGACGCCCAGAACCUGGAUACCGAAGUUCAAACAUUGAUGGUCCAGGGACUCAUGGGAGGUUUUCAGAUUGUGGGGGGCAAGAUGCAGACAUGGAAAGGCAUGGGCCAGGUAGACCAGGAUUUGAGGAUGAGUUCAGAAGGGAAAAGAGAGGUCCAGACAUGGGAAGGCCAGGGCAGAAUAAAAGUUCAGAUAUAAGACAUGGGCCUGGUAGGUGGGAUACAAACACUGAGUUUCUUGGGUCUGAUAGAAGAGGUCCGGACAUGAUGGGCCCAGGUUUAGACUCCAGGGGAUCUGAGCGAACCAUGAGAUAUUCAGAUGAAUCUGCAUCACUUCAUUUCAAAGGUCCUCAUCAUCCAGACCCAGCACUGUUCAAUGGGCCCCCAGGUCCUGCUCCAAAUAUUGGAGGGAAAUCAUGUCUGGGUUUUGACAGCCCACAAAAUCAACAGUCAGGAAAACCCCAGAGACACAGAGUUGCCUUACUUCCUACUCCAACAGAAGGUCUUAUACGCUUCCCAAAUCGCAUGAUCAACAGUUCUGAUGCCUUCAGCCCGAAACAAAAGCAAAUGCGAUCCUCUGCAGACAGGGAGUCCAGUAGAGAUCGAGCUGUGGGCCGAAAAAGAGCGUUAGACCAAGAGCAGAGAGAUGAGCAGGAGGGAAGUCCUGCUAGAAAAAUAAGCACAGCUGUAAUUGCAAACACAGCCACUGGAAAAGAAAAACGUGAGGAAACUGAUAAACAGGGGAUGUCUGGUGCGUCAUCUGAAACUAAAAGCAAUCAAAGUAUGAAUACUGAUGGAAAUAAAAUAAAUGUUGAGCCAAGUUAAGGGAAAAAUAAAUAAUAAUACUUCGGCUCGACCUGCAACAAUACUUUCUAUCCUCAUAUUGGAUAGAAAUACUACUGCAUAUACCCCACACUGAAUGUAUUUGUCUGAAGGAAAGAGUCUCAAUGUCUAACUGACAUGUCAAAAUGAUCUGCAGUCAAAGCCAUUGCAAGAGCAGCCAGUGUUGCUUUAUAUGGAAAUGCUCAAAGGUAUUUGAGCUCAUUAUGUUGUAUUUUUGUCUAGUGUUAAAAGUAUCAUCACAUAUUUUUGUUGAUUGAUUAUGACUAAAUGACCCAUGAACCUAAUCAGCUGUAUAUUUCUAUUAGGACAUAGUCAGAAAUGUUUUGUACAGAAAAUGUACAGGUCUUUUUGUUUUUUUUGUUUUUUUAAACAUGGCCAUAGUGUCGGUACAGUAACCUUGAUCUGGCUUUUAUGUUCCUCUGUUGAUAGAAUAUAACUUGUUUCAUGUCAAUAAAAUUCCAUUUACCAUUUUAAA